CCCUCCCCACUUAUUCGUCCGUGUGCCGGCUAGGGAGACACAUACUGCCUGCCUGCUGCCUGCAGCAUUUGUGCCUGAGCUCCAGGCUCUGCUGUCCCCUCCGCUCCCUCCCCCCGCAUGCAGCUCUCCAUCAGAGGGAACGAAGACAUCCUCUCUCCCCUGACUGCCUUCGACUGCUCCACAGCUCUGCGGUGCAGACGCUCGCUUUCUCUGAGUGAGUUUUUUCCCUCCCCUCUGCCUGGUCUAGCUCUCAGGCUGUGGGAUUCAGUGGAUAAUCAGUGUGUCGGCGAGCAAGAGUGAGGGACUGAAGCAAAGAGAGAGAGAGAAAGCCUGGAUCAGGUGCAGCAGCCUUGACUUCGUCUGUCUCUUUCUGUCUGUUUUCUGCCUGGCACAUACAGACGUGUAGACAGAACUCAUAAUUCAGCAAUUAGCCUUCCUUCACCUUCUUUCUCCUCCUCUGGGACUCAUCGCAAAGAAGGAGAGAAGAGGAGGGAGACACUCAUCGCAGGACUUUGCAGAGUGACAAGUAUUGUUUUUUUUAUUUGCUCGCUCUGCGUCCUACUUUGCCCUACCCCUCCCCUCUAUCCCACCCUGCUUGCGCCAGCCAACACACACCCGCACACCCAGAGUGCGUAUCCAGGGGCAGACAGACAGAUAAACAGACGGACGGACAGAUAAACAGACGGACGCAGUAGGAUAUGGAGUCCAAAGGAAGCGGCAGGUUCUCUAUGUCCAGGUGUUUGAGCUCAGGAGACACCGUCCACGCCAGUGUUGUCGUCACACUUCUGCUCGGGGUAUGGUGUGCUUCAGCGCUGGAGGUUUCAGUGGGGAAGGUGCCCUUCAUGGAGGCAAUGAACGGCAGCACGGUGCUGUUACCAUGCACCUACUCCAGCUGCAUCGGCAUCAAGAACCUCUACUUCAACUGGCAAUACAACGACAACGGCACCUUCAUGAAGCUGUGUGAGGGAGUGAUCCCCAUAGAAGGUGUGGAACCCCGGGUGCAGGUGUACCACGAGCGGAUAGAGUUUGUGGGCAGCAGUAAGCACAACAACAUCUCCAUCCUGCUGUUCAACGUGACCUUCGAGGACGAGGGAGAGUACACCUGUUUCGCCCGGAAUCCCAAGGAGAAGCAUCGCAACCAUAGCGCCAUCUUCACCCUGUUCGUAGUGGAUGAGUUGAAAGUGGUUGACAAUACCGUAACCACCAUCAUUGUGUCUGUCGUGGGCGGGGUCAUUGGCUUGAUCGUCGUUGUCAUGGUGACAAAGACUGUGGUGCUCCUCAUCCUAAAAAAGUCUGCAGAGAAGAAUAAAGAGUGCCUUGUGAGCUCAGGACAGGACAACACAGACAAUGAACUCAACGCAGCCAAAGCGGACAACAAAGCCACACCGAAGGCAUGAAACAUAUACACCUGUGUAUAUGUACAUACAGUAUAUGUCUGUACAUGUACACAUGCAAAUAUAUUGCACAGACAUAGAAAGAAAGAUAUUAUCAAUGGACUGUUUUAUCUUUAUCUAAUGACACAAGUAUAACAUGAACCAAUGUGAAAUCAUAUGUCAUAUGUGCUUGAGAUUUGGGGAACAUGAUAGGUGAUCAGGGCUGGAUCAGACACACUCCAAUGACACACCUUAUGUAAUUGUGUAUUCAGAUUGGGGUUUAAUUGCAGGCAUUUAUCUGAAUCAGCUCAAAGUCUAUUUACUGUACAAGCAUUUCUGGAAUCAACAUCGACGUCUCACCAGUUACUCAUUCAUGUUCACGACGUAAAAACGGCAGAUUGACAUUUAUUGGGAUGAAUCUUGUUAUGGGUGCAGAGCUGAGCAUUUUCCGCUAGAUUUAAGGUUAGGAUUUAUAUAUAAGGUUAUCAGUGUAAUUACGGUCAGGGUAAAGGUCAGGUUUAAACCAGAGGAGGCUGGUGGUAGGAGCUAUAGGAGGACCGGCUCAUUGUAAUGGCUGGAAUGGAAUUGAUUAGAACGUGGUUUCCAUAUGUUUCAUGUGUUUUGAUACCUUUCCAUUUAUUCCAUUCCAGUCAUUACAAUGAGCCUGUCCUCCUAUAGCUCCUCCCACCAGCCUCCUCUGGUUAAAAAAUCACAUUUGAAGACUUUGUGGUUUGGCCAGAAGUGACCAACCUGCAGAACUGCCUCCAGGACAAGAUUCAUCCCAAUAAAUGCCAACCUGCAUUAAAAACACAAACACACACAGUAACUCCCAUACUGUCAAGUUUUACUAACUGCCAUUUUUUAUAUCUAUAACAGCUAUAUAAUAUAUAAUAAUCUGACCAUCUCUUCAGCUCUUUUGAUUAAGAGCCAUAUUUAAGGUUGCCAAUGGAGAUUCUUUAUACUCUCUGCAAACCUUUUACAGGGAGCAAACAGCUUCCCUCCUUUAACUAUAAGGAACGUUUACAGUCCAUUUUUGAUGCAGAACAAAUUUCAUACAGUGUCAAUUGUGCCUAUUCCAUAGGAUACACAGUAACUGAAAGAUGUAUACCACAAUUCUCAACGAUACAGUUACUGAGGUCAAGGCUCUUCAUUAGAUCUGCAUACUGAACACAAAUACUGUUCAGAAGCUUCGGAAGGCAAAGCAGUGGCCUGGUCAUGAGGACAACGUCACUGCGGAGGAAAGGAGUGUGAUAAAGGAGAAGAGGAAGAAGGGAGUCAUUGGAGUGUAAUGUUAGAUCCAGCCCAGAAAUUGUUUGAGUCAUUUUUGCAUUAGAUGACGCACAGGUGCCUGUUUUCACUGCCCGCUCCCUUCGCUUUUCGGGAGCCUCAAAACCGCUGUGAAAAACACACCAAAAAACGUAUAUAUAUAUAUAUGAAAAUUAAUUCAAGUUUAUGAUGCCGCUUCUAACAAAUAACAAAUGCAUUUUUUUCGCAUGUGAAUGUUGCUUAUAUAUGAAACACGUCCAUACCCCGGGAAAGACUGCUGUCUAGUGUGCUGCCAUCACCUGGCCUGUAUGUAUAGUGAAUCUGUAGGCUACUUCAUUCACAUCCACUUCACCCCCAUAGAACUAACAUGCUAAUGAGGCCAUUGGCCUAAUACAGGACAAUGCCCCACGACUUCAACAGUGCAAAACAUUGUAUUGAUGACUCUGAUGCCAAAUACCAAGCAGGCUCAUCAUCAAUACCCCUUGACCUUGUGUCCCGUAUUCAAAUCACCAUAUGAACCAAAAUCCCCACUACUAAUGUGCAUGAUUCUUUUAUGAAUACCCACUGUUGUUGGUUGUUCCCCCAGAAAUAGAGACAGCUGUGGGCGUCGGGAUUUGAGCCAGGGACCGCAAUGGCUCAAGUAGCACAAAGAUCCAUUGUCACUCAAUCCAAGCAUUCCCCUUAGGACUCUGUCCCCUCAAGAAUGAAUGUCAUCUUGCCUCGUUAAUGAAAAUCAUGCAAUUCUCAGAGCGAUAAUAGUCCACGACAAAGCCAUAACAUAUCUGUCUAAAUGCAUUUAUUUCCAACCUGUUUCGAAGGCAAACGUGUUAUUAGUUUGUCCACAUUUGGGUCAAAUUCAGAGGUGCCACUUGAAAUGACGGCCACACCUCUAUACAUCCACGUGAGCAUAAAGUACCAUAGCGGUUGCAGAACUAGGACUAUACAUGUAUGUCCACUUCGUAGGGUUUACUCAUCUGAGAUGGAAAUGUAAAUAGGCCCCUCCAUCUCCUCUCCACACCUUCUCCUCGCCCUGAGAUCAUACAAUGGGCAGGGGUUUUAGGGAGAGGGCGGUGCUGUAGACCUAGGAGGGGCAUGGUAGGCACUUCACUAACAUGGGGUAUCCUUAUCGACGUCUGGACUGUGGUGGACGUGAGGAAUAGAGAGAGGUGUGCUAGGAGACUUUGCAGGUAGGGUUGACGGUUGCGCCGGGUUGACUGUAACCAGAAUGUGUGUGGUGAUAGCGAGAUAACGGGUUUGAGACGGACAAGAGGUCUGUCCCGGCGUAAUCCGUUCUCGAACCUCCCUCCUUCUAUUCCCUCACCGCGUUGGGGUUGGCACCUUCGGAAAGGUCUUCCUUAUCACCUGACCUGCAGUACCCUUUUUCCUUAUGUUACCACAAGGGGCCCCGGUGACGUGGAGAGCCAGGGCACGCUGUCAGGCAGAGCACUGCCGUACCCAUAUCCCACGGUAGUGAUUUUAAUCCUAUAGGACGAGUUGAUGGAUGCACUAGUGGCACUGGACUUACGUUUGCCAAGUAAUGUCGUAGCUUUAGAGAGGCAGCAGACGGUAUACAGCAACGACAUUUCCGCGGGUCCUUGCAGAAUCACGUAUCACCUUGUUCACCAUUUACCCGCCACCGUGGUUUCCAUAUUUCACACGUACUUACCUAUGUUUAAUGGGCGGAGCGAGGUUGACAACUUGAAUUUGCUAUUGUGGUCGCGAAACAGCUCGUGAAUCCGCUCAUGGAUCUAGGAUUGUGGGUAAGGUGGUGCGCUGUCUGUUCUAUGCACGGAUGUACCAACUGUUUGUGAUUAUGUGGUCCAUGGUGGCUCUUCUGUCCAUUGUGGUACCCCGUAGAAAACCAGAAACACGCAGAGUCGUGCACGCACACACACACACACACACACACACACACACACACACACACACACACACACACACACACACACACACACACACACACACACACACACACACACACACACACACACACACUAUUGUUUCCAUGUGAAGUCAGUGAACCGUUACUCCUUUGACAUUGGAGGAAAAGCACCAAAGCCUGCCUCUUGGGAGAAAAGCAAUACUGUUCAGUUGAUCCUUGUCUGUCAGUGUCUUUGUAUUAUCAAGCCUCUGUUGGUGUAUUCAGAAGGAUCGCAGCAGUGAGCAUGCCCAGUGUAUUGCUGCUCUAGAGGCAGUCGCAUAGCCGCAGCGAUGCAUUGUGGAUCGCAUGUUAUGGAUGGACUAAAAGCUGCGAUCAGCUCAAGUCUGCAUCGAACCGUGGCAGAUCCACACGACUCACCCUGAGAGCCAACGUCUCAGGCAGCACAGACUAACAGCAUGGCUGGUAGUAUUACGAGUACUGUUAUAGCACUUAUUAAGCCCCAUUUGAUACACUCUCAUCAAACUUGCACAACCUUGAAAUUCAACAAAUGACGUUAUGUGAAUGUUCUGCAGCUCAAAGAAAGGACACUCCAAGUUUCUAACAAAGCAUUGUAGAUUACAUUGCCACAGGGUAUAUUUAUCCAAUAUAAAGAUCCACAAUGGCAGUCAGGGGACAGAAAUAGAUAUAUAUCCACUCAGUCCUAACAUUGUCUGCUUCGUAUAUAGUAGAUGUAAUAGUCGUCUGAUUUGAUACUAAUAUGGGUCUCCUGCGGCCCACUGCCGGAGCGACUCCUACUCACACUGCCAGGCCAAGAGUUUGUGAAGUCUGCUCUCUGCUUCCCACAUUCCAGUGCAGAGAACACCCACUGUUCCAACCUGCAGUAUACUGUACAGAACAGUACAGGUCCCCUGGCCAAACUGCAUUCUAAAACUCCUUUUCUAUAGGCUCAGUUGUGCGCUGUUUUAGCCCACCAAGGCCAAGUGAAACAAACAAGCCAAAAAAAAGUAUAUAUUUGAAUCCUUAUUACAAUGGGUGUGCAUGUGCAUUUGUAGCCAACUCAAGCUACCCACAGCACAGUUUACUCUAUAUUUAAAUAGAUGUGACUUUUACUCUGAGCUCACAGGUAGCCAGGUUACUGCUGGUUAGAAUCACAACACACACCUAUAGGUGUACACCGUUUUUACCCAUCAUCCUCUACUCCAAGGAGCUGUCCAGGGUUCUGAGGGGCUGUUUUCACUCCCUCACUGGCCUCACCCACGGCGUUUACUGCCUGUGGGUAGUAGUCGCCACACGGCCAGGCUUGAAUGGACUCAAGUGGCAAUAUCAUCCUAACUGAUGACUAAGUGCACUACACUUGCUAUUUGUUGUUGGGGUUUAACGAGUGCUGUACUUCCAUAAUGUCUUGCUAAAUUGUAACGACCACUGUCAAGCCCAAGCUGAGUAUGAGGGCUAUAAUGUGGCUCGUGUUGAGGAAAACAGCUCGCCCUCUUACCCACCAAAACAUACUCACCCACUUACUGUGAGGCAGUCCAUGACUGACCCAACUCAACUCCCUCGGUCUCCAACAAGACGCUUCGUUGAACUAUAAAGUGAAUGUGCAACUCCCCUUAAUAUGUCUCUGUAGUAAUGUCCCACAUUCUCCCCUCUCAUAACUAUGCACCUCAAUCGUUUUUUUUUCUCUCUGGAUUGUAGAAAACAAGUACACAUAUAUAUAUAUAUGAAAUAAAGGUUUGCAUAAAAGGA